CACAGUUCAGUGUUCCUGAGCCUUGCAGUGGUUGACCUGGCUGCUGUUCUCUCCAGUUAACCUCUGUGUGGCAGAGCCCUUCUGAAGUUAUCCCUGAAAAUGAAUCCAGUUGUUUCGCAGCCCACAUAUGGCACAGGGGGUACGGUGUCCAGUGACUGGCAAACAGGCGCGUUUGACUGCUGCAACGACAUGGGGAUCUGCCUCUGUGGGACUUUCUUUCCUCUGUGCCUGUCGUGUCAGAUUGCCUCCGAAAUGAACGAAUGCUGCCUGUGUGGGUCUUCUGUCGCCAUGAGGACCUUGUAUCGAACCCGAUACGGCAUCCCGGGAUCCAUUUGCAGUGAUUUCCUAAUGCUGGGGUUUUUCCCUCUGUGCGUCCUUUGUCAACUCAAGAGAGAUAUUGAAAAAAGAAAAGAAAUGAAUGCUUUCUAAAGGAUGUUUGGUAAAACUUACAUCGUGGUGAAAGAAAAUGCUGGAAUGAAAUACUGCAUUUAUUAAGUGCUAACUCACCUCAAAUAUUAGAAAUUACUUCACCUAAUCAUAUGGUUUCCAAUGGCUUCAAAACAUUUUAAUUUCCAGUUAAUUUUGAAAGAAAUACAUUUCCAAUGCUGUUCUGUAAGAUAAUUGCCAUUAAAAAAAAAAAAGUAAUUCCUUCAAUAAUUCUUGUGUCUCUAAAUACUGCUUCAUGGGAAAUUACAAUAAGCUUUUUUUUUUUUU